UGUCGCCCCUCCUGGGGGCCUGGCGCCCCCGCCGCUCCGCCUGGGGGCCCGAGAGACCUGUCGCUCCGCCUGGGGUCUGGCGCCCGCCGCUCCGCCUGGGGGGCCCGAUGCCUGUCGCCCCGCCUGGAGGGCCCGGUGCCUGUCGCCCCGCCUGGGGGCCCGGUGCCUGCUGCUCCGCCUGGGGGCCCGGUGCCUGCUGUUCCGCCUGGUGGCCCGCUGCCUGCUGCUCCCGCAUGGUGGCCCGUCCAGCCCGAUGUGCCUCUGCCCAGAGUCCAGCCCGAUGUGCCUCUGCCCGGAGUCCAGCCCGAUGUGCCUCUGCCCGGAGUCCAGCCCGAUGUG